CCAUGUGGUGGCAGUAGUGACCAAACCAGACUUAAUCUAUAACUAUACUCUGUGGUGGGAGUCGCACACAAGCUAACAGAAGAACGCUAGCAAUCACCGGCAUACACAAACGGUCUGGAGAAGCAGAAAGACCAGCUCUCUAGAAAUAAUGGGAAAGCACUUUGGGAAUCUUGCCAGGUUGAGGCAUGUGAUCACCUACAGCAUCUCCCCCUUUGAACAGAGGGCAUUCCCUAACUUUCUUUCCAAGGGUAUCCCAAACGUCUGGAGACGGUUUAGAGCGUCAGUUUUCAAAUGGGCACCACCUAUGACUUUGAUGUACCUAACCUACACGUGGGGGAACAGUGUCCAUGAACAAGGCAAAAAGAAGAACCCAUCUGAUUAUGAGAACGACGAGUGAAGUCAAUCAACAUCUCCUGGAGAACCCUGUCUGUUCAAGUUGUCACUUUUGUCUAUAUGGUUACCUAAUAAAAAUGUUUAUGAAAUAUU